AUGGCGACUUCCAGUAUUCGUUUUUUGGUUCUGUCAGACACCCACGACUCCGCCUUCCCAUCGGAGCUUCCUCCGGCAGAUGUUGUCCUCCACUGUGGCGAUCUAACUAUGAUCGGCGGCAUGUCGAACUACAAAGCUGCCAUCAAAAGCCUUUUGAGUUGCGACGCUGAACUCAAGCUCGUGAUUCCCGGAAACCACGAUGUGUCUCUGGAUCCCACAUGGUGGGCCGACAAUGCAGAUGAAGACGACGAUCUCGAAGAGCCAAAAAAAGCGAUUGAUCUCUUCAACAAAUCUGGAAUCAAUCUUUUGAGCGAAGGAUACCAUUCAUUCACUCUCAAGGACGGGCGUUCCUUCACUCUAUAUGCCUCGCCUUACACACCCGAGUUCAACGGAUACGCAUUCUCAUACGGUGCGAAUGAAGACAGAUUCAAUCCGGCCGAAACAACACUCUCAGACCUGGGCAAAGCGGUCCGCGGUCCGACGCCAAUCUCCUCGGAAGUCGAUAUUCUGAUUACGCACGGCCCACCACAGGUCCCAGGCGAAGACUACCGCCUCGACCUCGACGGCAAGGGCGCCCAUUGUGGCUGCCCAAAGUUGUGGAAGGCGGUGCAACGCAUUCGCCCACGACUCCACUGCUUCGGCCAUCUCCACGAGGGCUACGGAUCCCAAGUGGUCGAAUGGCAUGCCAACGGGACACAAAGCAUUGCAGAUCCAGUCAUCAAGGAGGGGAAUAUCAUCAUGGCGCCAGAGAAGGAGGCACGCGAGACAUUACUCGUCAAUGCAGCAAUCAUGGAUCACCACGGUGAAAACAACAAACCCUGGUUGGUGGACUACUAG